UGAAGGAGGAGAAAGAACGAAGCAAUUUCUCUCUUCUCUCUUCUCUCUUCUCAUCUCUCCUAUCUCAUUUUCUCACUGACAAAGAGAGCUAUGGCCGCAAGAGACGGUGGUGUUUCGUGUCUACGAAGAUCAGAGAUGAUCGGAAUAGGUAUCGGAGAACUAGAAUCUCCACCAUUAGAUUCUGAUCAAGUUCAUGUUCUCGCCGUCGAUGACAGCCUCGUCGAUCGUAUUGUCAUUGAAAGAUUACUUCGGAUCACCUCAUGCAAAGUCACGGCGGUUGACAGCGGGUGGCGUGCUCUCGAAUUCUUAGGAUUAGACGAGGAUAAAGCUGCCGUCGAAUUCGAUAGAUUGAAGGUUGAUUUGAUCAUCACUGAUUACUGUAUGCCUGGAAUGACCGGUUACGAGCUUUUGAAAAAGAUUAAGGAAUCGACAAGUUUUAAGGAAGUUCCAGUUGUAAUUAUGUCGUCGGAGAACGUACUCACUCGAAUCGACCGAUGUCUUGAAGAAGGAGCAGAGGACUUUUUACUUAAACCCGUGAAACUCGCCGACGUGAAACGUCUGAGGAGUUACCUGACCAGAGAUGUUAAAGUCUCCGGCGACGGAAACAAACGGAAGCCGAGUACUCCUCCGCCGUCCCCGUCGCCACCACAACUCUCAUGCACCACCUCGAUGGAGUCUUCGGACUCAAUUGUUGUGGAUGAUGAUUCAUUAACAUUGUCGUCGGAGUCGUCGACGUCGCCAAUGGAUUCGCCGAUGAGACGGCUGGAGAUGAAGAGUCUCCCGGUUUAGAUUAGUAUGAUCUCCGUUUAACUUUUUUUUUAUUUUGCUUUUGACGGUUUUAUUGACUGCAACGUUAAGCUUGACGCCGUCAAUUUAAAGAUCUCGCUUAUAUGGGUUUGCACGUGGGGGGUGUUUCUUUUACUCACACAAAGGAACACUUUUGUUGAAUUUCUUGUAUUUAAUUUACAUAUAUUAAUACUGCAUUUUGGAAAAUUUAUAAUUUUAAAUAAUGUUCUUUAAUCGGAUGAU